CUCUGUGGUUGUUGUCACCAUCAGCGCUUGUCUGCUGUUGGAGAGAUCGAUUUGGACUGACUUAUUGCCCCGUUAACCUGUGGAAGCCGUCAUCAGACUAAUCAUUGUUCCAGCCUCGCUCUGAUGACUCUGAAUAUGACAGAAAUACAGAAGUAGCUGCUCAACUUUGCGUGGUGUGUGCAUCGGUGUGUGUGUGUGUGUUAUCUUCGAGCAGUUCUUGUUUCACACACUGCAUCUGUGGGAGGAUGAGGAAGUAGAGUUUGAAUUUAACAGUGGAUGUCUUGUAGUUCGCUGGCUGCUGUUGGCGCUGAUCGUGCUGAUGUGUGUGUGAUGGCUGCAGUUUGAGGUGGUCAACCGGUGGAUUUUAACGGCACACACACACACACUCAGACAGACACACACUCUCUGGACAGUGGACGCGUGAGGAGGAAAGGCCCCCACAGCAACAAUGGCCAAGUACCACUGGCAGAGUCAAAAUGUUAAGCAGAGCGGAGUGGACGACAUGGUCCUGCUAUCCAAGAUCACUGAGGAUGCCAUCGUGGAAAACCUUAAGAAAAGAUACAUGGACGACUACAUCUUUACAUACAUCGGCCCUGUAUUAAUAUCAGUUAACCCAUUCAAGCAGAUGCCCUAUUUCACCGAGAGAGAGAUCGAACUUUACCAAGGAGCUGCCCAAUAUGAGAAUCCACCGCACAUCUACGCCUUGACAGAUAACAUGUACAGGAACAUGAUGAUUGAUGGAGAGAAUCAGUGUGUCAUCAUUAGCGGUGAGAGUGGUGCUGGAAAGACAGUAGCUGCCAAAUAUAUCAUGGGUUACAUUUCCAAAGUAUCAGGAGGAGGAUCGAAAGUUCAGCAUGUAAAAGACAUCAUCCUACAGUCAAAUCCCCUCCUGGAAGCUUUUGGUAAUGCCAAGACUGUCCGCAACAACAACUCUAGUCGUUUUGGGAAAUACUUUGAGAUUCAGUUCAGCAGAGGAGGAGAACCAGAUGGCGGAAAAAUCUCAAACUUCCUGCUGGAGAAGUCAAGGGUGGUGAGCCAGAAUGAGAGCGAGCGUAACUUCCACAUUUACUAUCAGCUGAUAGAGGGCGCCAACAGUCAGCAGAAAGAGGGUCUGGGCAUCAUGACCCCAGACUACUACUACUACCUCAACCAGUCUGGGACCUACAAGGUGGAUGGGACCAACGACAGCAAAGACUUUCAAGAAACUAUGGAAGCCAUGCAGGUGAUUGGGAUCCCAGGUGACAUCCAGACUCAGGUGCUGCAGAUUGUCGCAGGCAUCCUCCACCUGGGAAACAUCAGCUUCAUUGAAGCAGGGAACUACGGGCAGGUGGAGAGCACGGACUUGCUUGCCUUCCCAGCAUAUUUGCUGGGCAUAGACCCCAACCGUCUGCAGGACAAGCUGACGAGCCGGAGGAUGGAUUCAAAGUGGGGAGGGAAGUCAGAGUCCAUCAAUGUGACCCUGAACCAGGAGCAGGCCACCUACACACGAGACGCCCUGGCCAAAGCCCUUUAUGCACGACUCUUUGACUAUCUGGUGGAGGCUAUAAAUAAAGCCAUCCAGAAGCCGCAUGAAGAAUUCAGCAUCGGAGUGCUUGACAUUUAUGGUUUUGAGAUAUUCCAGAGAAAUGGCUUCGAGCAGUUCUGUAUCAACUUUGUCAACGAGAAACUGCAGCAGAUCUUUAUUGAACUGACUCUGAAGGCUGAGCAGGAAGAGUAUGUUCAGGAGGGCAUCAAGUGGACUCCCAUCGAGUACUUCAACAAUAAGAUCGUGUGUGACCUCAUUGAAAAUAAAUUGAACCCACCUGGUAUAAUGAGUGUGCUGGAUGAUGUGUGCGCCACCAUGCAUGCCAAAGGAGAGGGCGCAGAUGACACCCUCCUGCAGAAACUGCAGGCUGCUGUGGGAACACAUGAACAUUUCAACAGCUGGAACUCUGGCUUCGUCAUACAUCACUACGCUGGCAAAGUGUCGUAUGAUAUCAAUGGCUUCUGUGAGAGGAACCGAGAUGUGCUUUUCCCCGACCUCAUUGAGCUCAUGCAAAGCAGCGAAUAUGACUUCAUCCGUAGCUUGUUCCCUGAAAGCCUGAACACAGAUAAGAAAGGCAGGCCGACCACAGCCAGCUCAAAGAUCAAGAGACAAGCUAAUGAACUGGUGAACACGCUGAUGAAAUGCACUCCGCACUAUAUCCGCUGUAUCAAACCUAAUGAGACAAAAAGACCGAAAGACUGGGAGGAGAGCAGGGCAAGGCAUCAGGUUGAAUACCUGGGACUGCGGGAAAAUAUACGUGUAAGAAGGGCUGGAUUUGCAUACCGCAGAGCCUUCAAUAAGUUUCUGAUGAGAUAUGCUAUUCUGACAGCGGAGACAUGGCCAUGUUGGAGGGGUCCAGAGCAGCAGGGGGUCCUUCACCUCCUCCGCUCUGUCAACAUGGACAACGAUCAGUACCAGAUGGGACGGACCAAGGUCUUCGUCAAGAACCCUGAAUCACUUUUCCUGCUUGAGGAGAUGAGGGAGAGGAAGUUUGACACUUUUGCCAGGAUCAUUCAGAAAUCCUGGAGAAGAUUCAUCGCCAGGAAGAAAUAUGAACAGAUGAGAGAAGAGGCCUCAGACAUCCUGUACAAUUCCAAGGAGCGGAGGAAGAACAGCAUCAACAGAAACUUUGUCGGAGACUACCUCGGCCUGGAGCAGAGGCCUGAACUGCGACAGUUUCUGUCCAAGAGGGAGCGCGUUGACUUCGCGGAUUCUGUCAACAAGUUCGAUCGCAGGUUCAAGUCCAUCAAGAGAGACAUGAUCUUGACCCCCAAAGGCAUCUAUCUGAUUGGUCGCGAGAAGGUGAAGAAAGGACCUGAGAAAGGACAGAUAAAGGAGGUGCUCAAACGAAAACUGGAGUUUGGAAGCAUCAGUAGUGUCUCUCUCAGUACAAGACAGGAUGAUUUCUUCAUUCUUCACGAGACCCAGUAUGACAGUCUGCUCGAGUCUAACUUCAAGACCGAGUUCCUCAGCCUGCUCUCGAAACGCUACGAGGAAGUGAACAAGAGAAAACUGACAAUCUCCUUCACUGACAGGCUAGAGUUCAGAGUGAAGAAGGAGGGCUGGGGUGGAGGAGGAACCAGGGUUGUGAUGGUUCAGAGGGGGCAAGGGGACCUGGCCCAGCUCAAACCUGCAGGGAAGACCCUCACCGUCACUGUAGGGGACGGUCUACCCAAAAGCUCCAAGCCAACCAGGAAGAGCGCUCCACAGUCACGCGGUGGAGGGAGAAAUAAUUAUGCAGGUAGAGCACACCAGAAUGGAGCAGCUACGUUUUCCAGAGCCCCUCCCCAACAACAGUCAGAAAUCACAUAUUCUGCCCCAAACAAACACGGCAGGCCACCCAAUACAGCCCUGCCAAAACUGGGCUCCCAGAGAGCCCCCCGAGUCCCAGCACAAAACCAGCACAACCAGGGGAACCUGGACUUUCUUAAUGUUCCCGACCAGGGCAUGUCAGGGAAGCAGAGGAAAAGGAGCAUCAGUCAUCGACCUCCUCCUGCUCCUAAACCACAGCCUCGACCCCAGGGGCCUCGCUGUCGAGCCUUAUAUCAGUACACUGGCCAGGACACAGACGAGAUCAGCUUUGAGGUCAAUGACGUGUUCGACCUUGUCAAAGAAGAUCCCUCAGGCUGGUGGACAGGCAGGAUUCGAGGCAGGGAAGGUCUCUUCCCUGGGAACUAUGUGGAAAAGAUUUGAACAGGGCUCAGUCAGUCCUGGUGGAGAAAUAUUUUGUUAUAAGUGGCACAUUCUGCCUGCUAAUGGUUUCAUUGCUGCACAGUAGAUCUUCUUUCAUAAUGGAAAAAGGGCUGUUUAAGGUUGGACCUAGCUGACAUUUGAGCCACCUACAAGUUUAUGACACGGUGCCGUACGCACAGAGCACAGGAGACAUCACUGUUAUGGUUAUCAUUGGUAAAACACAGAUCCACUGCAGAGAGCUUGGGUUUUAUCCUGUUCUCAGUGACAAAGCAUCAAGAACUUUGACCCUCACAACACCGUUCUUUAAACUGUUACUGCACUGAUAAUUACUCACAGCUAAAGGUACAGCCUUUAAAGAAAAGUGGCUGAGAAUAAUGCCUCGCUUUCUGUUGUCUACCAUGUUUAUAUUUGCCUGAAGCUUUUCUCCAGGGCAACGUCCAAUACUGUUCAGUAUUCCUGAUUAAAACAACAGCAUGAAAUCAAGUAAUAAGUUGUGAACUUGAAUGUUACGUUUGCACUGUAACAAACCUGCUUUAGAUGAAUCAAAAGUGUUCACAGAAACAAUACUUUCAAUCUCACUUCAAAAGAAAUGAUGUCUUAUUCAUGGAUUGUUACUAAAAUGAUUGAUGUCAGUUUCUAUAUUUUUUAACUCCCUUAAAAAAAAAAGAAAGAAUAUAUUUUCAUAUUUUCCCUCACGGUCUUUUGCACUGAUUUCUGUCAUCAGUAAGUUAUGAAAAAUGUCUGAAUAACAAGCAGGAAGAAGUGACUUAUUCGUUCUAAAAAAUGUUUAGAAAUGUUUAUUUCUGCCUUUAAAUUUUAGGUUGAUCUUGUAAAAUAAUGUAAUUCCGUCACAGUCAAUCAAUACAUGUUUUUGUAUAUGAAUAAGAUGAGAAAAAUAAAGAGCGUUAACACUCUGAAA